AGAAUAGCCACUCGCUCAACUGCUGCCUGCUUCGGCGAAAAGCAGCGAGUGACUCAUAGCCGGAACGGCUCGCCACACAGAAUUUUAAAUAAGGGACCAAGAGCAGCCAAUGUGCAGCUCGUCUCUAAGCAGAGCCAGUUACAGCGGAUGGCUGCCUGCAGGAGGAGCAGGAAGCUGCUGCUGCUGCUGCACUAAAGAGGAGGAGGUGGUGGAGGUGGUGUCUGACACAGCCGCCCUACCUGAGCCGCUAGCAGGGAAAUGGACACAUGUUGAGUGAUCUCCAACAGCAGGAGGGAGGGCAAGAAGAGGCCGGUCGCAGCAGCAGCGUGCAUUCGGUGGACCCCUGGCUGGAGGCAGGCAGCUCUCCUUCUCGGCAGCUAAGAGCAGAAUCCUGUGCAUGUCUAUUCAGAAGUAGGUCCUAUUAAGCUCAAUGGAACUUACUCCCAGGUUAUGCCACGCCUCAGACUUACUGGUUGCCUGCUAAUGAAAGAGAAGGGUUGAUAUUUGACCAAACAUUACAUGACGGCCCAUAGAUCUUAAAUCAAGAUGGCAGAUGGAAACACUGCUCCUUUGGGAGGCAUCUUCACUACAGUGCAGCAGAUGCAGGAUGGUGAGGAUGCUGAGACGUCCUUUCCUGGCACAGAGGAGGAGGAGGAUUUGGAUAAGACCUUGGCUGUCGAACGGUUUGGAGACUUGAUCAGCAAGUCUGUGCUAAGAGACCAGGAGAAGCAAGGCCGCAACUACAGCGAGAGCGACUUUGAAUUUCAUCGCCAGACAUCCCACCACAUCCAUCACCCUCUCUCCACCCACCUGCCUCUCCCCUACAAGAAGAGGUCUCCCUACUCUGAAAGAAAGAAGAAGAAAAAACGAAGAAAGACGGCUAUACCUCCCUCCGAUGUCACCCCCCCCAUCCAAGAGGUGGAGGAAGAGGAAGAUGAGGAGGAGGAGGAAGGAGAAUCUGAAGGGGAAGAAGUUCUAGAGAAGGAUGCCUCAGCAGAGUCUGACCUUGAAGCGUCUCCCAAAGGAGAAUCUCAUGGCAAGCCAAAGGCAGGGCUGACAGAAGGAAGCAUUGAGUUUAUCAUUGGGAGUGAUGAUGAUGAUGAAGAGGAGGAGGAGGAGGAGGAAGCCUGUGGUAGCCCAUGUCCUUUGUCAUUUCAUGUGGCAGAGGAAUGCAGUCACCUCUCUCCACUCCCAUGUCUCUCCGAUCUACUGCCACAGAAGGGACUUACCUCUCCCAAGAGCUUCUCUGGGUAUAGAGACAACAGGAUUUGGGACAAACAUAAACUUUGGAAUCAGGUGCCAAGUGGGCAGCGGUCAAGCUAUGACCUGAAGGAGAGGGUGUGUAUCGGCAGUAUGACCGCCAUGGAGAGUGCCACAUACCAGCGAAUCCCCACAGAUGAGGCUGAGGCCCAGAUGCUGGCUUCUGCUGACCUUGAUGAUAUGAAAAGCCAUCGUUUUGAAGAUAAUCCAGGAGUAAGGAGACAUCUGGUUAAGAAACCCUCCCGGAGCCAGACUACCAGAACCAGCAAAAAGCCUUUGGCCUCGAUGUCUGUCAAGAAAAAGAAGAAAAAGAAGAAACUUGACAGGAAACCCCACGAGGUAUUUGUGGAGCUGAAUGAAUUAGUGGUGGACAAGAACCAGGACAUGCACUGGACAGAGACAGCACGCUGGAUCAAAUUUGAGGAGGAUGUGGAGGAGGACACAGCACGAUGGGGGAAGCCUCAUGUGGCCUCACUGUCCUUUCGCAGCCUUCUGGAGCUCAGGAAGACUAUUGCCCAUGGAGCUGUUCUGCUGGACCUGGAACAAACAACAUUACCUGGCAUAGCUCACCUUGUGGUAGAGACCAUGAUAAUCUCAGACCAGAUCAAGGCUGAAGACAGAGCCAAUGUGCUGAGGGCCCUGCUACUCAAGCAUAGCCACCCCAAUGAUGAGAAGGAGGCAUUCUUCCCCCGGAACCAUUCCAACUCCAGCAUGAACUCUAUGGUAGGAAACCACCAUCACCACCACAACCAUGCAGCUGACACUUGCAUGCCAUUGAUGGGAGAAGAGCGCAUUGAGAUGACAGAGCCCAGAAUCCAUGACCCUGACUACAGAGAGAAAAACAUGCACCUUCACAGCUCUGAGGGACAUCGUGGCAAAUACCUCAAGUUGAUGGAGAAGAUUCCCGAUGAUGCUGAGGCCACUGUAGUGCUUGUCGGUUGUGUUCAGUUCCUUGAACAACCAACAAUGGCCUUUGUCCGUUUGAAUGAGGCUGUGUUCUUGGAGUCAGUCCUGGAAGUACCAAUUCCUGUCCGCUUCAUCUUUGUCUUGCUGGGGCCAAGCCAGUCCAACAUGGACUACCACGAGAUUGGGCGUUCCAUCUCCACCCUCAUGUCAGACAAGCAUUUCCAUGAAGCUGCAUAUAUGGCAGAUGACCGCCAGGACCUGCUCAAUGCCAUCAAUGAGUUCCUUGACUGUAGCAUCGUCAUCCCUCCAUCAGAAGUGGAGGGGAAGGAUUUGCUCAAGUCAAUUGCCACCUUCCAGAAAGAACUGCUGAGGAAGAGGAAAGAGCGGGACCAGAAGAAGUCCACCAAGGAAGGGAAUGUCCAGGAAGCCAAAGAGCUCUGUGAAGUGAAAGCUGAGGAAGAAGAGGAGGGCGAAGAGGAGGAUGAUCCUCUGAAGCGCACUGGCAUUUUCUUUGGUGGUUUAGUGCGGGACAUAAAACGCAGGUACCCCAAGUAUCUGAGUGACCUCAGAGAUGCCCUGCACAGCCAGUGCCUCGCAGCCGUGCUGUUCAUCUACUUCGCUGCUCUCUCUCCUGCCAUCACCUUUGGGGGACUGCUAGGUGAGAAGACAGACGGUCUCAUGGGUGUUUCGGAGUUGAUCAUCUCCACCUCAGUGCUGGGCAUGCUCUUUUCUCUGCUGAGUGCCCAGCCUCUCCUUGUCAUUGGCUUCUCAGGGCCCCUGCUGGUCUUUGAAGAAGCUUUUUACAAGUUCUGCCAGAGCCAGGACAUCGAGUAUCUGACAGGCCGGGUGUGGAUUGGCUUCUGGCUCAUUGUCUUCAUUGUCAUUAUUGUGGCUGCUGAGGGCAGCUUCCUGGUGCGCUACAUUUCCCCUUUCACCCAGGAGAUCUUUGCCUUCCUUAUAUCCCUCAUCUUUAUUUAUGAAACAUUCUACAAACUUUACAAGGUAUUUACAGAACACCCACUGCUGAGGUUCUACCCACCAAAUCUUCAAAGAAGUCUGAACAGCAGCACAUUGUCUGCUGAGUCCAUGGCCAUUGACACCCGGAUGCAGCCCAACACUGCCUUGCUAUCUCUCAUCCUUAUGUUGGGAACCUUCUUCAUUGCCUUCUUCAUGCGCAAGUUUAAGAACAGCCGCUUUCUGGGAGGAAAGGCCCGGCGAAUCAUUGGAGAUUUUGGAAUCCCUAUCUCCAUCCUUGUCAUGGUUCUGGUGGACUACACCAUCACUGACACAUAUACACAGAAGCUGAAUGUUCCCUCAGUGCUGUCAGUCACAGCCCCAAACAAGCGUGGCUGGUUCAUCCAUCCCUUAGGCAGCAAGCAGGCUUUCCCCAUGUGGAUGAUGUUUGCUUCGGCCAUCCCUGCACUUCUGGUCUUCAUCCUUAUCUUUAUGGAAACCCAGAUCACCACCCUGAUUGUCAGCAAGAAGGAACGGAAGUUGAUCAAGGGAUCGGGUUUCCACCUUGAUUUGCUGCUCAUUGGUACAAUGGGAGGGCUCUGUGCCCUUUUUGGGCUGCCUUGGCUCACAGCUGCUACUGUCCGCUCAAUCACCCACGUCAACGCCCUCACUGUCAUGAGCAAGGCCAUUGCGCCUGGUGAGAAGCCAAAGAUUGAGGAAGUGAAGGAGCAGCGAGUGACAGGAGUGCUCAUCGCUGGCCUUGUUGGCCUCUCCAUUGUAAUGGGGAAUGUAUUGCGCCAGAUCCCAUUGGCUGUCCUGUUUGGGAUUUUCCUGUAUAUGGGUGUGACAUCACUGACUGGCAUCCAGCUCUAUGAGCGGCUCCUACUCAUCUUCAUGCCAUCCAAGCACCACCCUGAUCAUGUUUAUGUUGUUAAGGUGAAGACAUGGAGAAUGAACCUCUUCACAUGCAUCCAGCUGGCCUGCAUUGUGCUGCUGUGGGUGGUGAAAUCCACUGUGGCAUCGCUGGCUUUCCCAUUUGUCCUGAUCAUGACAGUUCCCCUGCGGCAAUUCCUGCUGCCACGUUUUUUUCAUGAGAGAGAACUCAAAGCGUUGGACUCAGAGGAUGCAGAACCAAACUUUGAUGAAGAUGGAAGGGAUGAGUACAAUGAGCUUCACAUGCCCGUAUGAGAUGUUGGCAUGUGUCUACUGGCCCUGGUUCUUCCUUGGCUUCAUGUGAUGAGCCUUCUUUCCUCAUGCCCUCCUUGAACAGGAACCAACCAGAAGUUGCUUUGGAAGGAUUGUGGACCUGGACCAACUAGUUGUGGCACAGCCCUUCAGGAAGCUCCAGGCCACAAGGGAGGCUUGGGCCAAGCAGAGCAAGAGACACCACCUUCUGGACAGACACAGAAUAUGGGACCAGCCACAUUUCCCCUAAGCAGACCUUGCUGGUGUUGGUGCUGUGCCAAGUGUAGGCCAGAGUAGGUACUUUAGCCAGCUCUAUCAGCCUCCUUCACUCAGAGACAAGCAGACUUCAGUUUUGCUAAAGGAAAAACAGCAGCAGGCCGGCAAAGGCAAAGGCAAAGAUCAACUAGGUACUGCCCGAAAUGCCAAGCCUGGCAGCAUUCAUGCAGAGCUAGCAGAUUGCUGGGGUGGGAGAUUUCACAUAGUCUGACUGGUGUCUCUAUGUUGAACCUUUGCUAUUCAGUCCCAUGAUUGUACGCAUGAACAUUCAACAGCCUGUGGUUCAUAUGCCGUUCUGCAUAAUACCCUUAGCUGAGAUUUUCUGCCCAUGGAAAGCUCUGCCCUUCUUCCAUCUGCAGAAUAGUGGUGAUGGUUGCUGAAGACAGCAAACUGCAGGGUGUGUGAAGAAGGGCCUUCUCCGCCCUGAUUUGCUUUGCAAACAUAAUGCAGGCACUCGUGUAAUAUCCAUGUCCACAAGUGUCUGUGCAUGGUACUGUGCCUGUUCUCACUAUCUCUCAGGGCUGUGUAAAGGUUGCCCAGACAGUAGACAGUGAUUUGUGAAGUAGAUCUCCACUCAUACAGGUAAAGGAAGUGCAGGUAAAACUUGCCAAUAUAGUCUGAAAACCAGAAACAAGCUCAACUGAUGAUUGAAUGAAGACAGUAUGAUCCCCUCACAGUCAGGAAAUCACCCAGAUUUGACACCACUCUCAUGGCUCGCUGCUCUCUUCAGGCCCAGUGGAAAACAGGAACUCCCAACAUCAGUGUAGUAGGCAAGCAGUAAAAAAAAAGCCUCUAUAUUGGCCAAGCCAGGUAUAGACACUAGCAUCGUGGCCUUUGGUAUUUGCCUGAUCACAGAAUAAAAAGCUUUUCCUGUUGUAUCAGACUGUGCGUCAGCCUCCAACCCUCCUUCUUCAGCAUUUCAAGAUUCAUCUUGCUUCUUGCUCUAGCCCUCCCCUCACAGCUCCUGCUCUAAUCUCCAUCCUCUGCUUAGUUAUUGCAUUUCUCAUUCAUGCCUGGCAUUUGCCCCAUCUUGGGCAAGAUUCACCACCACAGUCAAGUCUCCAGAGAGGCCACCAAUAGCCUGCCCUAAACAACCGGAAUGGGGAUGGCUCUGGAGUUGAGGUAAUCCACAACUGUGGCAUGGAGCCGUUGUAUUGUAUGAGCCCUCUAUAGCACUUGAGCUUUCUCUUCAUUCAUCCCUUGACACUUCAAGCCAAUGGCUUCCAAUUCUUGGACUUCCCCCAGCUCUUCCUCAAGCUCUCACACACCACACCCCUGCCACCAGCAGCUGCCUUGUACUCUUAGAACCUGCUACUUUCAUAUUUCCCUUUAACUGCCAUAUAAAGAAAAUUCAGAUUUUGGGAUGGGACCAAACUGCACAAAAUAUGUCUCUGUUUCAGUCCCUGAAUCUGAAUUUUUAGACACAGAAUACUCCCUUGCUCUUCAUUGGUGAAUGGCAUAUACCAGUCCUGGGCACUGCACAGGCGGUGCAUUCCAUGGGGUUGAGCACAUGCACAAACACCAUCAGUGCAAGAAUCCAGAGGAGCUACUCUCUCAUGGGGUCACCACGCGGGCUGUAGUGAACUGCGAUGUCCUGUUCUGUAAAUCUGUUUAUUAGAUUAUGUAUAUGGAAUAAUGGGGUGAGCAAAAGUGCCAGCCAUGACUCCUCCUGUAGCCGGGCCUAGAACCACGUGGCUUAAGAGUUUGGCUCAUGGUACCACUCUGGGCCAUUGCCUGCUCCCUGUCUAUUAAAUGGAGGCUGUCCCUCCCCACCUACCUCAGGGGCUGCCUGCUGAUGGCUGGAUAGUUAUGAGGCCAUAUGUAUUCCUCUACUCAUUCCCAGCUGCCUGCUAGCCUGCCCCACCCACACACAGUGACCUCCAUUGUGCCCUGGGUAGCCAGGAUUAGGAAACCUAACCUGUUGGGGCAAAGUCCCUGGUAUGCUGCCUGUGUGCAUUACGAUUCACCUGAAUGUAAUAGGAAUGGAUAUGGCUGCACCAA